AUGCAUUUGGACGACGAGUCACCUAUAGUUGAAGUUAAUCCGGGAUUUGGAUUCUUGACUCAAGAGCUGUUGAACAAUACUCAUUAUCAGCUACAUUUAUAUGAAACAUCUAACAAUUUUUCUCAGUAUAUAAAAAAUGUAGAAAGUAAGAUGCCUGAUAGACUAACAUAUAAAGUUGCAGAUUUCUUUGGUAUGUGGAAACUAGCAUUUAUGGAUAAAAUAGAUGGAGGCAAUAGAAUUUCAGAAUUAUUAGGUGACCUUGCAUCAAAAGAUAACAGCAAAUUCAUUAAAAUUGUUGGUGCUAUGCCGGGGCUGUCUUUUGUCAAACAUCUUAUAAAUAACAUUGUUUUUCACUAUGAUACACACCAGUUAGGAAGAACUGAUCUUUUUAUAUCAAUGCCUUGUCAUAAUUAUCAGUUUCUUACAGAUCCUGAUAUUCAGCAAAGCAAACACAAGUCCAUACCAGCCCUCUUCCAAAUAUUUUUUGACUAUAAAAUAAUCACCAAAGUGCCUAUAGUUCACUUUUUACCUUGGUUUCAUCCACCUAGUACUAAAAAAAGCUCACUGCUAGACAAACACUUAAUGUAUUUGGUUAACAUCACACAGAAAAAACAAUUACCUUGCCCAUCUGAAUAUUUGCCAUUGUUGUGGUACUUUUUUAAACCACACACAUUUUCCAAGUCUACAAGAGUUAUUCCCAUGUUAGAGCAAUGGAUCCCUGGUUGCGGAGUUUGGUUAAUCACUGGACAGGAUCCACCAGAUUCUAAUAAAGUGAUAGCUCCAUCUAAAGACGAUGCUCCUUUACCUCAUAUGACAAUAUUUACGGAAUUUGGUGAUUUAAAUCUUGAACAAAAAAUAACUGUUUUCAAAAGAUUUGUAUCUUGGCCAGAAUUUGAACAAUGUCCUUAUAGGGUUACAAUGGAAAAUAACCUACCGAAAUUUAUUUCGCAACUCGAGGAUGAUGAAAAAGGUAGAAUGAGCGCUCAUAUUGUAGACAUGGAACAUUCAGACAGUGAAAAUGAUUCUGAAAAA